UGUGUAGUAAGUAAGUUAAAUGAACCUUUAAAGGAAUUCAUUAUAAUAAUAUUCUUUAGUGAAAUGGUAGUUAUAGAUAUCACAUUAGCAUGAUUUCGCUUUCACAAACAAGAACAGCAACGACGCAGGCUAUAUUAGUAUUUGUACUUCUCCUUUUCUCCCUCGCAACCAAUGGCGAGCUUUUGCGGGGAGGAGACUUUGAAUCUACUACAUUUGGACAGUCUGGGCCGUGGGGAUGUCAUGGGAGUUGCCACUUAACAGCUAGCAGCGAUGCACACAGUGGAUCGCACAGUGUACAAGUCCUAAACAGGCAUCACAACUGGGAAGGCAUUGAACAGACAGUGACGCUCACGGACGGUGGUCGGUACAGUCUAAGAGCCUAUGUGAAGGUCCUCAACCUCAGCCCCGGCUUGAUGUACACCACCGUAGAACCUAUGGUCAUGUGUAAAGACAGUACAGGAAAGUCUAUAGCUACGAAAUUUGACCGCGAGCCGUACGCACGACAGGACCAGUGGAUACUUGUAGGGGGCAUUCAUAAACUCCCAUCAGGUGUCCACUCGUGCUCUGUGACUAUACGUGUGUCGGAUAUCCAUUCUACCUACCUCGUGGACGACGCAAGCCUAACCAGUGUGGACGACAUACCCCUAUGGCGAACAGAGGCCAAUGACAGGAUUGAAAGUCUCAGGAAGUCUAACUUCACGAUCAGGCUGUCCGGAGGCGACCCCAACGCCGAUUAUGAUAUUGAGUUAGUACAACAAAAACACAAGUUUGGGUUUGGGAGUGCUGUCGGGGCCCGCCAGAUUGUUGACCCCGCCCUUGCCCGUUACCAACAGGUGUUCUACCAGAACUUCGAGUGGGCAGUGCUGGAAAAUGCUCUAAAAUGGACGCAGAUGGAACGAACACAGGGUCAACUGAGAAUCGACGAUGCAUUAGCUGCGCUAAAAGCACUGAACGCAUCAAACAUAAAGAUUCGCGCACAUAACAUAUUUUGGGCCGUAAAGGACCAUGUUCCCCACUGGCUCCCAGCUCUCAACCAGGCCCAGCAGAUGGCUGCCAUGGAUAAAAGAAUACACGAUGUCGUGCCUUUAACCAAGGGAUAUGCUGCUCACUGGGACGUGAAUAACGAAAACAUCCAUGGCGACUACUUCGAACAAAUGACAGGUGACCCUAAUAUCACCAUGACCAUGUUCAGAGACACUCACGCGCUCGACCCUGACGUCAAACUCUUCCUCAACGACUUCAACGUCAUGCAGUCAUUUUCAGCAAUGCCACUGCGAAAUCAAGCCAAAUUAUUCAAGGACGCCGGAGUACCAAUUUACGGUGUUGGAAUACAGAGUCACCUGAAACACAUGAACUUAGACAUUCCGACAUUGAAGAGCAAUUUGGACCUGAUAGCUGAAACUGGUCUCCCUAUCUGGAUCACCGAGCUCAGUUUUCUCUCAAAGGACAACGUUGCUAAGGCACAAGCUCUUCAGGACGUGCUGACGCUCUAUUUCAGUCACCCCGCUGUAGAGGGGGUGUUGUUAUGGGGCUUCUGGGAUGGCAAAGUGUUUGACCCUGAUAUAGCCUUAUUUGAGGGCCCCAAUGUCACGCCGAACGCUGCCGGACUCGCCUAUCAACAACUGUUUCACACAACGUGGCGAACGAACGUUACCGACCGUAUACAUGGCAACGGAUCUUCUAACGUUCGAGGUUUCCAGGGCGUUUACAAACUGACGGUAAAACACGGGAGCAAGGAGCUUGCGCAUCAGUACUUCUUCAUAGGAAAGCAUUCGAAAACCAUUGAUGUAAAUUUAGAUUCGGUUGGAGGAAAUGUAAUAAUCGGUUGAUACACGUCAAUUAUAUUAUUUUUCUGUUAUAAAUGAGAAAAUAAAUAAGCAAUAAUACAAUGAAAACUA